UAUUCAACGAUUAGAAGAAGUUUACUUAUCUUGUCUCCGAAUACCUUUUACAACAUAAAAUUUCAAUCUCCUUGACGAUCGACCGUUGUAAACAACGCCGCCGUGACUGGAAAGACGGACAUGCUGGCCUUCGUGUAUACACCAAUGCUUAAAAUGAGGAUCCUGUUGCUUUUCUUGACUUUUACCCUUAUUCGAGCAGAUAGCGAAGUUAUCAGCAACACCGAUAUAUACGUAGGCUCCUACAUACCACCAUUCAGACCUACUUUCGAAUCUUUACUAACAUGUCUUGGACCAUUUUAUAUGACUGAAGACUUUAUUAAAGAUGUUAAAAAGCGAUACAGUUGUAUUUACGAAGAGGAACCGUUUGAAAGUCCAGAUACUAUUUCUCCAGAAGUAUAUAUUGUUGAAAUGCUGAAUGGAGGUAAUGGAGGUGAUGGCGGAGAUGCUGGUCCUGGGUUUGCAUUGGGUGACGCAGGCGGCGAUGGUGGUAACGGUGGUAAUGGUGGCAACGCGGGAAGAUAUGGAGAUGGAGGAUCUGGAGGUAACGGAGGUAGUGGUGGGGCUGGAGCAGCUCCUGGCGGAGCCGGUGGAACCGGAGGUGAUGGUGGUAAUGGUGGCGAUGGUGGAUUUGGUGGCAGUGGUGGUGCUGGGGGUGAUGGAGGAGCAGGAGGUCCUGGUGCAGAAGGGGCACCAUGCAUGAAUGGAGGUGCAGGCGGAGAUGGAGGGAACGGUGGGAAUGGAGGAGACGCUGGUAUCUACGUACCCGGACACGUAACAGGAGAAAUGUGCCCCGGAAAAUCAAAACUCAGCCCUAUCGACGCUGCUUUCAACAGAUAUGGGCAGAAAGUACGGAUUUUCCAAUCUCAUAAUGCUGAUAAGGCAUUGAAUCUCUUACAAGAAAUAAAGAUUAUUGUAUGUAGUAACGCAAGAUGUAAUAGAGGUGUUGGACGAUGCAUCCAAAAGUACUGCUGGAGAAGAGCUGUUAUUGUCAAGAGCUGUGAAAAUAACUCUAUAUUUGGUUACCGUCUCCCUGUUCUGAAGAUCGACUGGAUUGCUAUACCUUGCUCCUGUGAAUGUUUUCAAGCCCCUUCUUUUAGAGAUGUAUACCUUUUAGCAGAGGAGAACCGCAGGCGAAUAGAAAUCUACAACUGGUAAUUGGACCUUGGCUGUAGAUAUUAUUUAUAAUUUGUUGUUAUUGAAGAAAAACACUUAAACAUUAUAUAUAUAUAUAUAUAUUAUAUAUAUAUAUAUAUAUUUAAUGUUAAGUAUGAUUUAGAUUUAACGAAAAUCAAAUUGAUUUUAAAAUUUUUAUUAUUAAUAUUAUUAUUAUAGAUAUUAUUUUACUAUAAAUAUUAUUAUUAUUAAUAUGAUUAUUAUUUUCGUUAUAAUUUUCAUUGAUAUUUUUAAUGUCAUUAUCAUUGUUAUUAUUAUUAUUAUUAUUAUUAUUAUUAUUAUUAAUAUUUAAUAAUUUUAUUUUACUGUUACUAGUAGGCCUACUAUAUGGGUGUUAUUACUAGACCGUCGUUUUAGUGUAAUGAUUAACUAUUAUGUUGAUGUUAGAAUAACAUAAUAUACCGUGAUGACAAACGUUAUAGAAAUAUAGUGUGUUUUUUAAUAAAGUUAAUUCGUCACCAUUUA